GUUCGUUUGCAAGCGACCACGAGAAACAAAACAAAAACAGCUGUUUGGCUAUUUGUUAGGUUAGUUUGGUUUUAUAAUAAAUGCAGUAGAAACAAAUUCAUCAAUCAAAAUGAGCAAUUUACUUAAUUUUGCACUGCGACAAGGUGCCAAUUUCCUUAAGCGCCACACCUUGCAAAACCUCAGGUGUACCGUGCCAGCGAUAACACACAAAUUGCCGGUUAUUACGGCGCCCCUUCGAGCUCAAUCAACUCGAGCUGCUUUUGAUAUGAGCACGAAUGUGACGAAGGAUGUGAUGCUGUUCAAGUACGAAAAUCCUCGUUUCUACAAUAUGCUAAACUUCUUCGGUGUUUGUCAGUUUGUGUUCUGGACAUAUUUAUCGCAUUUCGCCUUCACCACGCUAAAGGAUGCCCCAGUUGUGGAGAAGCCAGGCGAGGAGUUGAAAUGGUAUCAGCGUAUCAAUCUGGGCGAGAACAAGUAUAAGAAUGGCAUAACCAUUUGCAGUUUUCUAAUAGGCUAUGGCAUCUUGUUUGCUGUUUGGAUGUUUACGCUGCGUUCUGUGAGAUUUCUAAUUCUACGAAAAGGCGGACAAAGUGUCUCUUUUGUCACCUAUGGUCCGUUUAAUCGCAAUCGCAUUAUGACUGUGCCUCUCAAAUGCAUCUCGGCAGAGGAGUCCCGUGAGUUGGCACGCGUCCAGUUGCCGAUCAAGGUGAAAAAUAAGUCGCUUUAUUAUGUGCUGGACAUGCGUGGCGAGUUCCGCAACCCCCAAUUGUUUGAUUACACUGCAGGCUUGAAGCGACGCAUUUGAUUAUUGUUAUUGAUUAUCUUAUUAUUUGUAAAUACACAUGUAAGCUAAUUUAAAACUACUGCCUCAGCUUAAUAGAUGGGCUCGGGCUUCUGAGUGAGCAGCAGUCCAAAGCGCUUCUUGAUGGUGAUGCGUUGACGCGAGUACUUGUCCUCGGGCGAGAAACGCGCUGGGUGUGCCGACAAGGUGGGAUGUCCAUCUUCAGUGCGUUUCUACAUUGAAUUUAAACAUAUAUUAAUUAGAGUUGUUAAUUGUUGUUCGGCAAGGUGCCACUUACUUUCAGCGUAUAGACGCGUUCGCCAUUUUCGUUAAUUGUGUACAUGAGAUACAUUUUGAAUUAAAUGAAUUCUAUAAAGCUGUGCGU